AUCAACACAACUAUGAGCAGGAAGAGGGAGCAGCGUGUUCUCAUCAUGGUGGUCGUCAUGGUGAUGGUGUACCUGAUGUGCUGGUUGCCUUAUGGGGUCAUGGCCUUGCUGGCGACCUUCGGACGCCCGGGCCUGGUCACCCCCGAGGCCAGCAUCGUGCCCGCGAUCAUGGCCAAGACCAGCACGGUCAUCAACCCCGUUAUCUAUAUCUUCAUGAACAAGCAGUUCCACAGGUGCUUCCGAGCGCUGCUGAGAUGCCAAGAGCCACAGAGGGGUUCCAGCCUCAGGAACUCUUCCAAGGCGCCGCCCAAAGUCGUCCGCGGCGGCGCCCGCAAAACCAACCACCACAACUUAACUUUCAUGGUUGCCUCCCUUGGGCAGCCCACCAGUGUCGUCCCCCAGCUUGGGAAUGCAACCCUGGACUAAGCCACCCCUGCUUACUCUGACAUGGUGUCGCUAGUGGCCCACUACAACGCCGAAGGCCUGGGGCCUUCAGGGGUUACGACCCCUAGGAACCAAUUACAGGGAGGGGAGGGGGAUCCAGAGGGGCCAUUAAAGUGCUGUUACGUUGCUUGCCGUUUGCCAGUAUGAUGGACAGCAGGCAUAGAGGAAAAUCUGAACGCCUCCGGAGUCUUUGGAAGUGGAGCCGCAGGAGCUGCUAGUGCGUCUUGAGGAAGGACAUCAACCUGUCUGGCUCUGCACAAGCUUAUACAUUCUGUCGCCGUUUACUAGCUCAAAUACGCGUAUGGACCGAGAGUGGGGAGAAAAGGGUGCGAAUAAGUUAUUUUGUGCAAUUUCUAACGUUUAGAAGAAUAUAUUAGUUCCAUGAAAUGUUGUGAUGUGAUUUCCCCCUCUGUCAGUGUACCUUUAUAGUACAAAAAAGAGAGAGAGAUGAAGAGUGUAUUUUUGUAUUGAGCGGAGAUUGGAGUCACAGAUUGAGGGAACUCAAGUAUUGUAUUUCAAUUAUUUUCAGGUGACUCUUUUCAAAGGUGUGAAGAUGACAAAGCGCUCAGAAUUUUGAGCAUUGAUCUGUUGCUGUAUUCCAUUUCCUAUCAAAUACUUUUCAUUGGUUUCAUCACUCGACACUUAAAGCAUAUUCAACUGUAGCUAGUCACACGUUACUUGUUGUAUAUCAUUUGUCAUAAACAUAGGUAGCAUGUCUGGCAUGUAUAUAUCUUCAUUUUAUGUAAAUAUACAAAAAAAGUACAAGAAACUGCUUAAAACUUAUCACCAGUUGAUAAAAUGUGGAGUCUCGAGGUCCAGGGAACACUUUUAGAAAAAAGGGUUCCAAAAGGGUUCUUCAGCUGUCCCCAUA